CACGACACUUUAAAAAAGCAGACGACAUGGAUGACAAAAGUGACAAACUUUAGAGGCCUCAACUCUCUCCCUUGCCAUCAUCUUCUUCCCUGUAAGUUGAGCUUCUCUGACAUGGCGUCGAACCAGCAUGAGGGGUACUCAGCUGCGGAUGACUUCCUAGAGCAGAUACUUGCUAUCCCUUCUUACGCCGGCCUCUCCGUGACCGAUGUAGGUGGCGCUUCGUCGGAUACCGCUUCCACCGUCUCCCAGCUCAGCUCCGCCGCCGGUGGACUCCAUCAGCCCUUGUUUCCCCUGGGACUGAGCUUGGAUAACAGCCGAGAUGACGUCAGGGACACCGGAGGUUUUGCUCUGAAGCCUGAAAGAGAAGCAGUGAACUUGGGGAAUAUGUAUUCUGGGCUGGAGCAUUUGCAAACUCAUGCUCUUCGCCAUAAUGUUCCUUCACUUCACCAAGUCCAGUCAUUUCAAGGGCAACCAACACAUAGUACGGCAGUCACUGUUCCACAUCCCCCAGCUGUUCGACCUAGGGUUCGAGCACGGAGAGGGCAGGCCACAGAUCCUCACAGUAUUGCUGAGAGGUUACGCAGAGAGAGAAUAUCGGAAAGAAUUAAAGCUUUGCAAGAACUUGUUCCAAGCUGUAAUAAGACAGAUAGAGCUGCGAUGCUGGAUGAAAUUCUGGACUAUGUGAAAUUCUUGCGGCUUCAAGUCAAGGUACUGAGUAUGAGUAGGUUGGGUGGGGCUAGUGCAGUGGCACAACUUGUUGCAGACAUUCCACUAGAGUCUGUUGAGGGUGACAGUGGCGAAAUGCGAGCUAACCAGCACGUUUGGGAGAAGUGGUCCAAUGUUGAAACAGAGAGGGAGGUGGCUAAGCUGAUGGAAGAAGAUGUUGGGACGGCUAUGCAAUACCUUCAGUCAAAAUCACUUUGCAUCAUGCCGAUAUCACUAGCUGCACUUAUCUACCCUCCUACGCACCACCAAUCGGGUGAUUCCUCCUCGGCCAUCAAGCCCGAACCAUCUGCCCCUUCAUAGAGAUCUCGCGCCAGUCGCAAAUUCCUAAUCCCCCCUUCUUUGUCCUGUCGUAUGAUGUAUCUUAAAAUUCUACAGUCACUUCUCUCACGUCCGUUCCAUUCCAGUGCGCGUGCAGUGCAAUCCAAGUCAGAUGCCUUUGGUCUGUUUUGUCCAACAAGGUAUGAUGUCUUGAAGGAGGCAAAAGGCACUUAAUCCCAUUACUGUUGAUAUGCUCAAAAAUAGGUGAGCGUAUUAUUGUUCAAAUUUAAUACGUCUAUCAUCUAUCCGUUCAGGCUUUCUGUAGUGGGAUCGUGGGGACAGUUUUGUUUGUAUGACAUUGUAAAAGCACUGAACUCGUGCAUGUAAGUAUUUGUUGGUUUUAUGUCAAGUAAUAUUGUUGAAAUGAUGGUGCAAGUUCAAUUUGUCUCUUCACAGUGAUGUUAGUUGGAGUCAGACUCCACUGGAAAUAUGAUUGUAUCGGUUUAAUCCUAAAAGUACUCUUGAAGGGAAGGGUGAAGAGAGUUGUUACUCAUGUGAUAAGGAAUAGGUAAUUCAUAAUUAAAAGGGUGUGAGCCCCUGGAUAAAUAUAAC